GUUUUAUUUAAAGACAUAACAUGUAACUAAAAGGUUUUAGUUGGUUAUUAUGAUACAUACAUAUACACUGAUCAGCCACAACAUUAAAACCACCUGCCUAAUAUUGUGUAGGUCCCCCUCGUGCCGCCAAAACUGCAUGAUUUUAUGCACUGCACUGCUGCCACACGACUGGCUGAUUAGAUAAUCGCAUUGGUGAUUGUUGGUGCCAGAUGGGCUGGUUUGAGACUGCUGAUCUCCUGGGAUUUUCACACACAACAGUCUCUAGAAUUUACUCCGAAUGGUGCCAAAAACAAAAAACAUCCAGUGAGCGGCAGUUCUGCAGAUGGAAACGCCUUGUUGAUGAGAGAGGUCAACAGAGAAUGGCCAGACUGGUUUGAACUGACAAAGUCUACGGUAACUCAGAUAACCACUCUGUACAACUGUGGUGAGAUGAAUGCUAUUCUGAGAUGCGGGUUGGCGCUGUUUUGUUGGCACGAGGGGGACCUACACAAUAUUAGGCAGGUGGUUUUAAUGUUGUGGCUGAUCGAUGUAUGUGUGUGUGUGUGUAUAUAUAUAUAUAUAUAUAUAUAUAUAUAUAUAUAUAAAAACAUUUUUUUUUUUUUUUUAACAGAUUACAUGGUGUCUGCAUUUUUAAUUCAAUUUACCACUAGAGGACAGCAUUGCAGCAAUGUUAACAUACUCAAAGGAACAGUUCACCCAAAAAUGAAAAUUCUCUCAUCAGUUACUCACCCUCAUGCCAUCCUAGAUGUGUAUGACUUUCUUUUUCUGAAUUUAAUUUAAUUUUCUUUAUUUAUCACACAUUAUACAUAUGCACAUAUACAGUGAAAUUCUUCUUUUCACAUAUCCCAGCUAGGCUGGGGUCAGAGUGCAGGGUCAGCCAUGGUACAGCGCCCCUGGAGCAGACAGGGUCAAGGGCCUUGCUCAAGGGCCCAACAGUGGCAUCUUGGCAGUGCUGGGGCUUGAACCCCCGACCUUCUGAUCAGUAACCCAGAGCCUUAACCACUGAGCAAUACAAACAAAGAUUUUUAGAAGAUUUUUAGAAGAAUGUUGCAAUGCAAGUGAAUGGUGACCAUAACUUUUAAGCUCCAAAAAGUACAUAAAGGCAGCAUAAAAGUAAUCCAUAAAACUCCUGUGGUUUGAUCCAUGUCUUCUGAGGCAAUCCAUUUGAUUUUGUGUGAGAAUGGACCAAAAUAUUACUCCUUUUUCACUGUAAAUCUUGGCAUCAGUAGUCUACUUGGUGAUCAUGAGUUCAAGAAAAAUGAAUUUAUAGCUUCAAAAGAGAUGGAUUACACAACUGGAGACUUAUGGAUUACUUUUAUGCUGCCUUUAUAUUCUUUUUGGAGCUUCAAAGUUCUGGCCACCAUUCACAUUCAUUGUAUGGACAGACAGAGCUGAGAUAUUCUUCUCAAAAUCUUCACUUGUGUUCUGCAGAAGAUAGAAAGUCAUACACAUCUGGGAUGACAUGAGGGCUAGUAAAUGAGAGAAUUUUAAAUUUUGGGUGAACUAUUCCUUUAAUUUGUUUUAAAUACCUACUUUCCAUGCUAUUUAUUUAUUAUAUAUUUUUUGUUGUUGGAAAAACAGUUUAUCAACAAAAACGUGAGAUUUGUACCUCUAACACCAGAAUCCACCGGAAAGUGCCUUGUAAUAUUUAAAGGGGACAUGACAUGCUUUUUUAAAAUUAUUAUUUUAGUAUGUUCCUCGAGGUUCACUUAUAAUGAGUAAAGUUUGUUUGCACAAAAAAUAGUCAUAUAUUUGUAGAACAUGAUCAUUUUCCACCCUCAUUCUGACCCUCUGUCAAAAACGCUUGGUUUUUGUGCUGCUUCUCCUUUAAGACUUGGCAGUAAAAGCCUACUGUUAUGAUUGGCUCUCUUCUCUUGACUGGCUCACCGCUACUGGGCGGGGCUACAGAAAUAUUAAGGUAAAUAGACCUUUUUCACACUCUGGGUUUUGGAAGGUGGAAGUAAAUGAUUGGAGGGUAAACUUCGACAGCAAUGUAUGGGAGUGAAUGGGAGACCACAGCAAAUAUUAUUUUCACUUACCCAUUUGCUCCAGGAGCAAAAGAAAAAAAUCAACAAUUACAUUUGAAUGACUUUCCGGAAGAGGAAAAAAUAGAGAGUGGUGGAUUAUGACAGUAAAAUGUGAGAAGAUGCCAAAUUUACUGUCACUCUCUCUGCAGCUGUAAUCGAAACGCUCUCACAGCUGUGGUAAUUCAUUUUUAAAACUAAUUCCAGGAUAAUAUAACACAAAGCAUAAUGUUAUAAAUUACACUCAAUAUUUACAAAAAAAAUUAUCAUAUAAAAAAGUUUGCUAGAUUUACGCUGCUAAAUAAGGCGGGAACACGUCAUCACAGUCUGUGAAAAAGGUCUAUUAUGGGUUGAUGUGUUGUUGUGGAGGUGGUCAGAUGUAAAUGUCUACCACAGUGUGACAUCACAAUAUGGAGGAAGUAGAGAACGAGUCAUUUUGGCAGCUUGGUUUUGACAAAUGCUCUUUUUGCAGUGAGGAGGAAGUUUUGAGUUCUGAAACUUACAGUAUUUUUUUUAUUUUUUAUAGUACAAUUAACUCUUAUGUCAAAGGAUCAAGGAAAAGUUGAUUCCUCAUGUCAUGACCCCUUUAAAUUAUGAAUCAGUAAUAUUUACUUAUUUGCCACAAAUCCACAACAUCAAUAUCAAGAUAAACAAGAAAGAUGUCUGGUUAAAUAAAAGUAAAAUAAAAUAAAAAGUUCAGUCAGUCCGCGCAUGCGUACUAUCAUUCUGUGUUCGGUAGGACCUUUUUGCUCGGAAUCCCUCUCUGUCCGCUGUGUGUCCGCGCAUGCGCACUGUCUCUCUCCUGCGCGCUCGUGUUGGACCCGUGAGGAUCCAGCGGGAGUGUUUGCUGUGUAAUGGCGGCCUCGUUGUUGCUCUCCGCGGAAAGCGCCGUGCCCUCAUUUACCAUCGGCCAUCCCGCCGGAGCCUCGUCGGCGGGAGCAAGCGGCCAUCACGGAUUAUCCAAUGCCCCCGGAGUCGCGUCCUGGAGCCGCUCGCUGGACCGGGCGCUGGACGAGGCGGCGGCCACCGGAGUGCUCAACCUGAGCGGCAGGAAGCUGAAGGAAUUCCCGAGGAGCGCCGCCGGACACGACCUCACCGACACCAUCCGGGCCGACCUUUCAAGAAACAGGUUGACAGAGCUGCCAGUUGAGGUGUGUAUGUUUGUGUCGCUGGAGAAUCUAAACCUGUACCAGAACUGCCUACGGUCACUACCAGAGAGUCUGAUCAAUCUACAGUCCCUCACCUACCUGAACAUCAGUCGGAACCAGCUGUCCACUCUCCCUGCUCAUCUGUGCCGACUGCCUCUCAAAGUUCUGAUCGCCUGCAAUAACAAGCUGGUAUCACUGCCAGAAGACCUGGCUAAACUCAGACAGCUUACAGAACUGGAUGUGAGCUGUAAUGAGAUCCAGACUCUUCCUCCUCAGAUCGGUCAAUUGGAAGCUCUCCGUGACCUCAACAUCCGCAGAAACCACCUCAUUCGCCUGCCUCCUGAGUUGGCCGAGCUGCCAUUGGUAUGGCUCGAUUUCUCCUGCAAUAAGGUAACGACAAUCCCAGUUUGCUACCGCAAUCUCAGACACCUCCAGAGCAUUAUUCUAGACAACAACCCUCUCCAGAGCCCACCUGCACAGAUCUGCAUAAAGGGAAAGAUCCAUAUAUUUAAAUACCUGAACAUGGAGGCGUGUAAAGCAACACCAGACCUUCCAGAUUAUGACAGAAGACCACUGCCUUUUGGAUCCUGUGUGGAGGAUUUAUAUUCCGGUCGGCUGUACGGAGCUCUGGACUCUGGCUUUAACAGUGUGGACAGCGGAGACAAGAGAUGGUCAGGAAAUGAGCCUUCAGAUGAGUUGUCAGACUUGCCAUUGAGAGUAGCGGAAAUCACCAAAGAGCAAAGACAGAGAAGAGAUCGAGAGAGAGAACGUGACGAGCACCGGACGGGAUCUCACGUGACUAAUGGCACAUUGGAGUCGGAGCUUGAACAGAUAGACUUCAUUGACAGCUGUACUGGGGAGGAGGAUGAGGAGGAUGGGCAGAGCCGGAGAAGGGCAGAGCCAGUCAGCCUCAGCUCCCAGUUCAUGGCCUACAUUGAAAGACGAAUCACCAGAGAGGGUUCACCUGUGAAGACCAGCCCAUCAAGAGAUUUCAGAACUGAGGACCCAAGACGCCAAAGCUCCUUGCAUAACCGUGGUGGGUCAGAUACAGCUGCCUCUUCUAUAUAUGCUCACAGUCAGCGUACGGUCAAUGUGGCAUCAGGUUCUGGUGGUGGUGUGGAGCGAGUGAGACGAGAAGCUCACUUAGCAGCACUGCGGUACGAGGAGGAACGUCAGACAACCAGAUCAGUCCAGAGAGAAGCUGUUAUGAACUUUGUCAAGAAUAAAUCGUCUCCGAGUCCAACGAAGCUCAGUCCAACAGACAGUGAGAGUCUGUACCCCUCCAGACAUUCCACUCACACAGAUGACUCCGCCCUCUUUAUGAGUGAAUUUGAGGCUCUACUAAUUUUUGAGAUAGACACAAACACCAACACUAUAAAGAAGAGACCAGACCCUCACAAACAGUCUCUUUCUGCUGUGCCGCUGGAUGGGUGCGUUUCUCCUGCUUUAGCUGUCGCCGCCUCCUGUACACCGCAGCAAGGUGAAGAUUAUGCCUCACUGUCACCCACCGCCCUCCAGUCACCCACUUACCCCAGCCCGGCUGCCCCGCCCACCUCUCGCGGUCCCGCUCAUCGACCUGAGAGUUACCUGUUUCGGCUGAGUCAGCGAGAGGACAAGAAGAAAGGAGAUUCAGGAGUACAGAUGGUGGAGUCUACAGAAGCCACUCCCACACCAAGUCCAGCACCAACUGGAGAGGAGGCGGAGCUGAUAGAGCAACUGAGAAGAAAUAUUGAGUGUCGACUCAAGGUGUCUUUACCAAGUGACCUUGGGGCCGCUUUGACUGACGGGGUCGUUUUGUGCCAUCUGGCCAAUCACGUGCGUCCUCGAUCCAUACCCAGUAUCCAUGUACCCUCACCAGCAGUGCCCAAACUGACGAUGGCCAAGUGUCGACGGAAUGUGGAAAACUUUCUGGAGGCAUGUCGCAGAAUUGGAGUUCCGCAGAGUCAGCUAUGUCUGCCUCUUCACGUCCUGGAAGAACGAGGCUUGCCUCAAGUAGCAGGAACGGUUCGUGCCCUUUUGGAUUUGGCCCCUCCAAAGCACGGUCCCUCCCCCAGCACGACACCAAAGAAUCCCAGCACUGCCUCACCGCUCGUGCUGUAGGAUUGGCUCUCGGACUGACCAUUAAACAGAUGGAUCACAGGGAAUCUUUAUGACCAAUUUCUGCUAUAAAGAAACCCAUAAAUGGUUCUGAAUUGGUAACAUCUUAACACACGUAAACACACUACCUGCUCUGUGAAUACACCGCUCAUCAAUCCCAGACCAGUCCUCAGAGAAGAAAGAGACAUGAAAGAGAAGAUAUGGGACAGUGGAACUUGUCCAGAGACUUCUUUAAAGCAAUAUUGCUCUUUUAUUUUUUUUAGCAAGGAGUUAUUUUUACACUUCUUAUCUCUAUAUAUUAUGGGUGGUGUUUAUAUUUGUUAUUUUGUAUUAUUACUAUUAUUAUUAUUAUUAUUAUUAUUAUUGCGGUCUCUCGACUGACAUGGAAAUGAGAGUUAGCCAAAUUAUCUGAGAGUUUUGUUGGCAUAUUAGGAUAUACUUCAAGAACAUGUCCCGGUCAUAUUUCCCCUGUAAAAUUAAAAUUAAGCUUAUUUUUUCUAGGACCAUUACCAUUUUUUGCAUUGUGAUGAUUUUCAUGAUGCUUAAAGGGAUAGUUCACCCAAAAAAUUAAAAUCCUCUCAUUUAUUCACCCUCAUGCCAUCCCAGGUGUGUAUGACUUUCUUUUUUUGAUUUUUGGACCUUCUGAUUUCUGGUCACCAUUCACUUGCAUUGUGUGGACCAACAGAGCUGAGAUAUUCUUCUAAAAACCUUAAUUUGUGUUCUGCAGAAGAAAGAAAGUCAUAGACAUCUGGGAUGGCAUGAGGGUGAGUAAAUGAUGAGAAUUUUCAUUAUUGGGUGAACUAUCCCUUUAACCACAUUUUAGCACUCAAUUCUCAUUACCAUAAUGCAAAAAUAAUGUCAUUCUCCUCGAUGUAAUACUAAAAUGUAAUGAUAUAUUAUUUAAAUUGUAAUUUACGUUUUAUAUAUCAUAGAAAUAGUUGUGCUACCGUUAUGCUGAUUAAAAUAAAAAAAAAAAUGCAUUGUAUUACUGUAAUAUUUACUUAAUUUUUUAAGUAAUAUAGUAAAAUUACUAUUUAGAAUUAUGGGAAUUUAAAAAACCUCAGAAAACGUCUGGAUGCAUUUUGGGUGUGAGAAUAUGGGGUGGUCAAUGUGCUUAAAAAUCAUUGUGUCAGUGCAAAAAAUCCUAAUUGCCAUAAAAGUAGGGUUUCUUUUUUUAACCUCUUGCACUCUGCGGACCUGCCGGCAGGUCCGGGAGGCGCUUAUAUGGCAAGCCGUUUUAACACUUAACACGCUAAAGUGCCUGUAUGCACAAGUUGGGCAUAUGUGGUAUAAUUUGAAAGCUUAGAAUCUGUACUUUUCAUAGAAAAAUAUCACUUUUGCAUUUAUUUACAGAAAAUAACAAAAGGCCUGAAAACAUUUGUGUUGCAAAUUGGCCCCACCUAAAGGUUAUGUUGUAGAAAUUUUAAAAAUGAAUAUAAAAGUCCUUCACAUAGCACUUAAAUAGACAAUUCAUAUAUCAAAUGAAAGCUCUCAUUGUCAGAUCUCUGAUUGCACAGUUUAUUUUGUUUGCCAUAAUACCACAGUUUGAAUUAUUUAAAAAAUGUCACAAAGUGAAAUUUUAUUUCAGUAAGGCAUAAAAUGCAAAUGUAACUUUUCUUUGCUGACUACUGAUCUGUAAGCCCCAAAUCGCCUAAAACAUUAUAUCAAAUCUUACCUUGUGUUGUUACCUUUAAAAUUAAAGAAAUUACUUACUUGUUAGCUUGCUUGGGUGAAUAAUCCAAUGUUGUCAAUUUUUUUUUUUUUACAACAAAAUAUAAAAUCUGGUAGAAAAGUAUGAGAAACAAAUCAUCAGCAAAAUAGGUUCUCAUCUAUAGAAGAUGAAAUGUUACACAUUGUAAAGCUGGGAUUCUCUGCUGACACCUAGAUUGAGCUUCUAGACAACUCAGAAGCCAAGAUGUUCAACAAAACAGUGUGGAAGCUCUCAGCACUAAAAAAAAAAAGACUUGUUGUCUAUGUGUGAGCACUACAAUUCGUUAGAGCACCACCUGCAUUUCAGAUCAGUAUAAUGUGAUGGAAGGUGAUAGAGGAAAAAUUAUUUUUCUAGUAUUUUGUGCCAUCCAGUGGAAUAAAAUAAUACUUUUUGCUUGAAAAUUGAGGACACAGAACUGAAAUAGCAUGCUUUUAAACUUUAGACAUUAAAAGAUGUAUCUUUUAAAAACAAAUUAUCAUAAAAUUGUAAACACAUAGAAUGUUAUUUAUUCAUUAUUUCAAUCAUUUCUUAAAAUUUAGGGGGUUAUCUAUAAAAUCUAUAAAAAAAUUAUUAAAUUAGUUCACUGUAUGUGUGAACAGGGAGCUUUUAAAUUUGAGUGUGAAAAAUUUCAGAUGGCAGCCCAAAAACCUUGCAGAGCAUAAGAGGUUAAAAUAUAAAUUUUGGGAUGAAACGUGACCUGGACAUGUUUUUGUGUGAUUUACUUGUAUUUAAAUGGCAGUAAAACAGUUGAAAAUAUCAAGAUGGCAUGCAUUUGACUGCAUUACACUAAUAAUACUGUAAGUGUCUUAGAUUAACACAUGAGGGAUACUGAGAUCUGAUCUGCUGAAUGUUUUUCUGCUUCACCGGAGACAAGAAGUUUUAGUUUGUAGCCACAGGGUUUUGUUGUAAAGGACACUUUUAGUGCUACUUUUAGUACUACAACCACAGAGAAAAAAAAUAUUAAAACUCUAAGAGCUCACAGACUUUAUUGACCUUGUAAAAUUGAGAGGUAUAUUAAAGUGAUAAAGCAAGGUUUAGCAUGACGAGCACAAUGUUUUUUUUUUUAAAACAAAUAUAUGUAAAGAAGUUUGAAACAGUAAAAAUUUGAAACACAUAAUUUUUAUAGCCUUGGUUUGCAGUCUGUGUUGCACCAAGUUGAUAGAUGCUUACAGAAUGACAGUAAAUAUGAGCAUAGACAAGGGCUGAUUAUAUUGCUCUUGUGUUUCUAUUUGUAACUGGUCUUGCAUGCAUGGGGAUCCAGGUGUUGGGAAUUAGACUAAAAGGGGCGGCUGUAUUAAAGCUUUUUUAAAUGUCCUUUUUAUUUUAAAUGUUAAACUGCCACCCUUGCAUAGCUUGCUUGUGUUUUGUCUGCCAACAAACCACACGUGUCCUUCGUGGAUUUGUGUGCCUUGAGCUUGAAAACCCACAUAUAUUGUUUACUCUUUUAGGCUGUUGUCUUUCUAAUCUGUGCCACAUGCUGUUACUUACAGACGGAUCCACUGCGUCAUGCCAGGGUUACUGGGGUGAGUUCAGAAAACAUCCAGCAGUGUUUGGUUUCCAUGGUUAAGCUGGGACCAAGUGCAGGUUGAAUCUCAUGAAACCUGUAAAGAACACGACAAGGUCAUAUUUCAACCCAAAAUCAAACAAAAAAACUUGAAAUAAAAAAAAUAAAUGCAAAAUAGUAUUUUGCUUAAAGAAAUGAAGACAUUGGGAUCAUUACGAUUUUUAUGCAUUGUUAAGAGUAUUUUCAUGACAAUUAUGCAUAUUUCAUCCUCAAAUUCACAUUAAUGUUAGAAAAAAUAUACACAUAUAUUAAAUUGUAAAAAGUAUAUGUUAUGGUAGUAUUUGUUGUACUGCCAUUAUGCAGAUUCAUUUUAACAAUGGUAAUAAACAGUAAUUGUAGUGUAAUAUAGUAGAAAUUACUGUAUUACAGUUACUAGAAUCAUCUUUGAGAACAAAGAAGAUUUUUGGGUUGCUUAACUGUCAUGAAAAUAUGGUAAAAAUGCUGAAUAUCUUAAUUGUUUCCAAAUUGACACCAUCUUCUUUAAGCAAUAUAAAGUGUGUGUGUGUGUGUGUGUGUAUACGUAUACACACACACACACACACACACACAGUUGCGCUCAAAAGUUUGCAUACCCUGGCAGAAAUUGUGAAAUUUUGGCAUUGAUUUUGAAAAUAUGACUUUUAUUUAAGGAUAGUGAUCAUAUGAAGCCAUUUAUUAUCACAUAGUUGUUUGGCUCCUUUUUAAAUCAAAAUGGUAACAGAAAUCACCCAAAUGGCCCUGAUCAAAAGUUUACAUACCCUUGAAUGUUUGGCCUUGUUACAGACACACAAGGUGACACACACAGGUUUAAAUGGCAAUUAAAGGUUAAUUUCCCACACCUGUGGCUUUUUAAAUUGCAAUUAGUGUCUGUGUAUAAAUAGUCAAUGAGUUUGUUAGCUCUCACGUGGAUGCACUGAGCAGGCUAGAUACUGAGCCAUGGGGAGCAGAAAAGAACUGCCAAAAGACCUGCGUAACAAGGUAAUGGAACUUUAUAAAGAUGGAAAAGGAUAUAAAAAGAUAUCCAAAGCCUUGAAAAUGCCAGUCAGUACUGUUCAAUCACUUAUUAAGAAGUGGAAAAUUCAGGGAUCUCUUGAUACCAAGCCAAGGUCAGGUAGACCAAGAAAGAUUUCAGCCACAACUGCCAGAAGAAUUGUUCGGGAUACAAAGAAAAACCCACAGGUAACCUCAGGAGAAAUACAGGCUGAUCUGGAAAAAGACAGUGUGGUUGUUUCAAGGAGCACAUUUUCAAAAUCAAUGCCAAAAUUUCACAAUUUCUGCCAGGGUAUGCAAACUUUUGAGCACAACUUUAUAUAUCUGCUAACACUGUACAAUAAGGUUAUAUUUGUUAACAUUAGUAAAUGCAUUAUAAUCCCAUUGACAAUAUAUUUUUAUAGCAUUAUUAAUCUUAGAUGAUGUUAAUUUAUAAAUAUAUGAUUGCUCAUUGUUAGUUCAUAAUGCAUUAACCAAUGUUAACAUAUGCAACUUUUAAUGUUAGAAAUGUACUUGUAUUUUGAAAUUAGCAUUUUUCAAGAUUAAUGUGUAACCAAGUGUUAAAGAAUUGUUCAUUAUUAGUUCAUGCUAACUAAUGUAGUUAACUAAUAUUAGUAAAUACAACCUUAUUGUAAACCUCAUUUUAAAGUGUUCUUUUGAUUCUGGGGUGAAAUGGACAUGAUUUUAGUGAGAUUCACUACUCACAUGGGCAUGAAUAUGCUGUUUUUCACUUGGAUUUCUGAGGUAAUAAUGGAGCAGUUACAUCAGUUAACCACAUCUUUUUUUUUUUUUUUUUUGUCAUUUUAAAGAGAAUAUAAAAGAAGCACAACAAAAAUGAAAAUACUAAGAGGAAGAGUUUUGAAAGCCGAAUCAUUGAAGUUACUGUUUUAACUUGUUUUUUAGAGACUUGAGUUUUUAAAAGGGGAGUUAAAAAGGAUAUUAGUACAAAAGGUUUUGUAUAGAUGUUUUAAUAUGUUUGCUUUUUCUCUUUAUAAAAUACAAAUCUUAGACUAGGGUGUUCCACACAGCAGAAUUCAUGUUGUUUGUUCUGCAGGGUAUCUCCCUGCGUGUCUGUACAGUAAAUAAAUGCAUUCCAUACGUUUACAAGUAUGUACCACUGACCACCUAAAAAACAAGAGGAACUACUGUGCGCUUCAGACUGCCGAAACGUUUGCCCUUGUUCGGUAUUAUUUUCACAGCGUUUGUUUUUGAACACAUCCUCACAAACAUUUACUGUCAUGUUUUUACGUUAGUAAAAGAUGGAAGUAUUUUCUGGUAUGAAUAUUUGGACUUAUUGUGAAAUAUAUUAAUAAAAUGUUUCCCAUUUCCA